GGACAUGGAAGAUUCCCAAAAAGAAAUUCAUUGAUCAUUCAUAAUUCUGUCUCCCCCUGUCUCUGAUCUCUGCAACUCCUUCGAGCCCUCGUCACUUUCUUCUCUGCAAUUCACCGCCGAGGGCUUCGAAUCAGUAGGGGUCAGCAGCUCGAUCAAUCCCCAAUGUCCUCACAGGUUCAUAGGUUUCAGCUUCCUCUGAUCCUCUGAGCUGCUGCCCCUGUCGGGUGUUUACCGUCUUGAAUCUUGAUCUGGUUCUGGUCAUCGACUUUCGAGAAAUUCUUGGUCUUUUCCCUAUUCCAAUUUCCCGGGAAAAUUGUCUGGGGGCUGGGAUCGCAUUCAUCUGGGUCUCUGAGGAAUCAAACUACAGUCUCUGUUUUAGCGGGAAAAAACAAGAAUUUGUUGGGUCGUUGAGUUGAUCUAAUUGAGGUGGCUGUCACUGAAUGUUCUGACAGAGUUGUUGAUCUGGAAACCCCUGUUGGGUCUUCAUUCUCUUGAUUCAAGUUACUAUUUUUGUUUCUUUUCUAUAUAGUUUUAGCAUUUUCUGGGGAAAUCAACAAUUUUUCAUAGCUCACCUAGCUCUGUUUGCUCGACAAGUGAACUGGGUUGUCGAGUUCAAAUCAUGGGUCUUGUUUUUUGAUUCAUGAUCUAAUCUGGGCAGCUGUUUCUUGCAUGAUCCGACAAUUGAUCAAUUGAAAACUUGAUCUUGAAGCUUGAAAACCUAGUGCUGGUACUCUAAUGGCCGUCCCCACUAUAGCUCUAUACGCGACCUCCCCGCCCCACCAGUUCAGCUCUCACUUGGCUCACGAUUUCGAGUUCAGCCCGAGAUCUUCUCCAUCUCCUUCUUCUUCCUCUUCCUCCUCUUCUCAGAGGCAGAUUCUCGGCGGCCUUUCUCGUCUCUUCUCUUCCCCAACGCAGAGAUCGAUCCAAUCUUCCUCCCCCAGCUUCUCGGGGGAUGAGAGGAGCGAAGAGCUCAAGGAACUUAGUGGGUCCUAUUCGGGCAGGUUCAUUGGGUCCUUGAAGAAAGAGUAUUCGACCCCAGUCUCGGUGUUACCGGGUCCUGGGUCGUGCAGUAGCAGUAGUAGUUAUAGGAGUAGUGCUAUGUUCAGUGGGUUUGUUAGGAGUGCUUUAGGUUCAUGUAUUGAUUAUGAUUCUCCGAGGUCUGACUUUCGCGGGCCCGGGGCCGUGGAUGCUGUGGAGCUGACUUUUAACUUGGAGGAAGGGGCACAAGAGGGAGAUCUCGAGCCCUAUGCAAAGGAAUUGUUGUUAAGUGCUCAGAGAAGGCACAAGAUUUUUUAUGAGGAUUUGGUCUUGAAAGCCUUCCACGAGGCCGAGAAGGCUCACCGAGGGCAGAUUCGUGCAAGUGGGGAUCCGUAUCUGAAGCAUUGUGUAGAGACGGCGGUCUUGCUUGCUCUGAUCGGUGCCAAUUCAGUAGUAGUUGCAGCAGGGCUCUUACAUGACACUAUUGACGAUUCUUUUAUGAGUUAUGACUAUAUAUUAAGAAUUUUCGGAGCUAACGUAGCCGACUUGGUCCAAGGGGUUUCGAAGUUGAGCCACUUGAGCAAGCUCGCACGGGAGAGCAACACUGCGAGCAGGGCCAAUGAGGCAGACCGACUGCACACGAUGUUUUUGGCUAUGGCCGAUGCCCGGGCGGUCCUCAUCAAAUUGGCCGAUCGGCUCCACAACAUGAUGACAUUAGAGGCCUUGUGCUCUGAGAAGCGUAAGAGGUUUGCAAAGGAGACGCUGGAGAUCUUUGCACCGCUGGCAAAUCGACUGGGGAUCUCAAGCUGGAAGGAGCGGCUUGAAAAUCUGUGCUUCAGGCACCUUGACCCUAUUCGGCAUGGGGAGCUCUCUUCCCGCCUUCUGGAGUCAUUCGACGAGGAUUUUAUUACCUCAGCAGUAGAGAAGCUCAAGAACGCCCUCAAAGAGAAGUCAGUCUCCAACAUUCGGCUGUCGGGGCGGCACAAGAGCCUGUACAGUGUUCACCGCAAGAUGUUGAAGAAGAGCCUGUCUGUGGAUGAAAUCCAUGAUAUACACGGUCUGCGUUUGAUCGUGGAGAGCAAGGAAGACUGCUACAGGGCAUUGGAGAUAGUUCACAAGUUGUGGCGUGAAGUGCCCGGGAAGUUCAAGGACUAUAUUAUUCACCCUAAGUUCAAUGGGUAUCAGUCUCUUCACACGGUAGUGAUAGGAGAAGGGAUGGUCCCGUUCGAGGUCCAGAUCCGAACCCGAGAGAUGCACUUGCAGGCUGAGUUUGGGUUUGCAGCUCACUGGAGAUAUAAAGAAGGUGAUUGUGAGCAUUCCUCCUUCAUUCUUCAGAUGGUUGAGUGGGCCCGCUGGGUCGUCACAUGGCAGUGCGAGACAAUGGACUUAGACCGGCCAUCCAUCAGAUACACAGACUCCAUCAUGGGGAAGUCGCCUUGCACGUUUCCAUCCCAUUCCCGUGAUUGUCCGUACUACUGUAAGCCCCACAGCAACACUGAGGGUCCUGUAUUUGUAAUCGUAAUCGAGAACGAUAAGAUGUCAGUUCGGGAGCUGCCUGCUAAUUCCUUGGUGAUGGACCUUCUUGAGAGUACGGGCCAAAUUGGAACCGGCAGCAAGAGGUGGACCCAGUGCGGGGGCUUCCCAGUAAAGGAAGAGCUGAGACCAAGGCUGAACCGCCAGCCUGUAGUAGACCCUACAUGCAGGCUGAGGAUGGGGGACGUGGUGGAGCUGACUCCGACUCUGCCUGACCGGGCACUCACCGAGUACAGAGAAGAGAUUCAGCGCAUGUACGAUGGAGGUGUGGCAGCAGCAACCACUGCCGCUUUAAGUCGGAGGAGCUGACAGUUGACACCGAGUAGAAUCCUCAGGAAAAUGGAUACUUGACUGAAGUUACUUUUACAAGGAUAGGUCUACAGAGUAUCUCGAUAGUGAUGCAUUUGGUUUCGUAAAUAUGUCAGUUUCGCCUGUUGUUUGUAUUAUUCGUGUUCCUUGGUGCGUGUAUAUGUAGAUGAUGGUUAUAUAUCUGUAUAGAACAAAGCCCAAAUUGUGAAUGCAAAAUUCUUGCCAAAAGCAAGAGACCAAAAAAAUUCGUUAUAUGUC